AUGUUCUUAUGGCUCUAUUUAGUGCGGCUUAAAUAUAUUUCUGGUUGUUGCAUUGAGGUUAGGCAAAGCCUCUUGGGCCAAGUUCUCAGCGGAUUUUUGUGUUAUCGUCAGUGUCAAGAGGCGACAUACAUUGACUCGGCCGUGAACUGUUUAGUCAAAAUUACCAAGGUAACACUUAAUGUUGACAGCAAGCGUUUGGCAAGUGUUAAGCUGCAAACACAGUGUCCGGUAUGUCAAGUUACUGACAACUCGGUAAUUGACUUAUUGCAAACUAUUAACGCGAAGCUGGAUGGAUUUGGAGAGCAGCUUCAAAAGGAUACUGCUGAGGUUGCUUCGCUUCGUGUGGAUUUUGAGGCGCUCAACACUGCUCAGGAAGAAACUAAUCUUAAAGUUGAUGCUGUUGAAGCGGUGCCAGCUGAAGCUAAGCUGUCUGCGGCUGAUGAAGCUGUUCUAUUACGCGCAGCUUGCAAGCAGGUGUCCAAUCAACUGGUCGUCAGCGGUUUGCCUGAAGUUGAAGGAGAAGAUAUUAAAUCGCUUUCUAGAUCUCUCAUCGGAGCGCUUGGUGUCACGCUGGAUGAGGAUGACCUUGUUGAUGCUCUCAGGAUCGGUAAGAGGCGUCGUGCUGCAGGAUAUCGUCGUAGCGGUCUAGCUGGGCCGCGCACAAUUGUUGUUGCUAUGAGGAGUAAGGAUGCUUGCAGGAAGGUUAUUGAUGCCAAGAAGGGAAAGCGCGACUUUAAUGCUAAGCAAGUGGAUCAAUCUUUGCCUGACGUCAAGGUAUAUGUUGACCUUCGUCAACCUGCCCAACUUCACCAGCUUAAGGAUCGUGUCAUAAAAGCAUUUCCACGUGUAGACCAAUUUGCUGUUCUCAACGUCUGCUCACUUAAUGCUCAGUGUCUGAUGGCGCAUUUCUGCGAAUUUAAAGAAUUUUUUAAAGUCAACCCGUACCACGUAAUUGGAGUCGUCGAGACUUGGCUGUGUGAUGCGAUCCCCGAUCACCAAGUUGUGUUGCCAGGAUAUGUGCUGCUGCGUGUUGAUCGGCAUAGCAAGCGUGGAGGCGGAGUCGCAGUCUUUGUACGAAAGGAGCUCAAUGCUCGUCUUCUUAGUUCGUCAAUUGGAGCUGUAGAUGCGAUAUUGCCAGAGUACCUCAUCGCAGAAGUUUGGGGCCCAUCUCAGCAUAAGAUCUUAAUUGCUAUUGUUUAUCGACCGCCAAAAGCAGGCUACAUGUGUACGUUUGAGGAUGACUAUAUAGCUAGGAUGGUCAACUAUAAGUUUGCUUGUGUUCUUGGCGAUUUCAAUGCUGAUCUCUUGUUCAACAACGAUAAGGCAGUUAGAUUACGAGACUUUUUUGUGAAAACUGGUAUAAGUAUUGUGCCUUUGCGGCCAACUACUCACACUGUCGAUGCAAACACCUGGAUUGAUGUUUGCGCAGUUAGUCAUUUUGCUGCUCUUGAAUCGUGGGGCCAGUCAGGUCAGCCCUUUCUGUCCUCGCAUGACCUGAUUUACUUCUGUCUCAAGCAUAAACAUCCAAAGCCCGUUAGACGGCUUGUGAAGUGUUUGUCGUGGAAGGAAGCUGAUUUUGCUGCCGCGGCGGAGAUGUGCGUUCCUGUGCAUGAGUUCGUUGCUAAGCGUAGCCCGGCUCCAUGGAUUACGCAGGAGCUAAGAGACAUUCGCAGAGAUCGUGAUAGGUGCUACCGGCGAUUUGAGAGGAGUGGUCAUCGUAAGGCUUGGGAAGACUAUGUUACAUCGCGGCGUCAGGCUCAGUCGCUCUGGAAAAAGUGUCGAGCAAGUUAUCUUCAAUCAAUGUUCAAUCGUGCUGGGCAUACGAAGCAGUUUUGGGUUGAAAUGGACAGGCUUGGGUUGACAGCAACGUCUGCUAAGUCGCGUGAUGUCUUGCGUUUUAGUGUUGAGGAUUUAAAUGACUAUUAUGCUACAAUAACUGAAGGCCGCAAGCUUCCGUCGCUAGACGAAGUGAUAGCAGGCUUAGCGAGGUCAGGGGGCGGUGUUCUGUUCUCAUUUGCUCGUGUUGACGCCCGUAAGGUUGCGAAGUGCAUUUCACUUGGGACUUUGCGGGCUGAAGGUGUUGAUGGCAUCUCAGCUCAUGUGCUGAAGACAUUCAAGGUUCUGUUUGGGCCGUUGAUCACAGAUCUAAUUAAUUCAUCGUUGCACAGUGGGUGCUACCCGACGCUUUGGCGAUCGUCGCUUAUCACGCCGAUACCCAAGGCUCGCAGCCCGCAGACUGUAGCUGAUAUGCGUCCGAUAUCGAUACUAUGUGCAAUGUCUAAGGUCUGUGAGCGGGUUGUGCUGGAUCAGAUUAUUCGUUUUCUUAAUGACCAUGAUGUGCUGGAUCGGUGUCAAACGGGCUUUCGGCCUGGUAUGGGUACGCAGACUGCUGUGAUUAAGUUUGUUGAUGAAGUGCGGUGUGGCAUAGAUGAACAGUUAGUUACGUUGGCUGUGUUUAUUAACUUGACGAAAGCGUUCGAUUCUGUUGAUCAUCUGCUCUUGCUGCGUAAGCUUCAUGGACUUGGUUUCGCGUAUGAAGUUAUUCGUUGGAUGUACUUUUAUCUAUCGGGAAGAAGGCAUGCACUGAGAGAUGGUGAUAAUGUUUCCGCAUGGCGUGAGUGCUCCACUGGUGUACCCCAAGGUAGUGUACUUGGCCCGUUGCUUUUCUCAUUGUUUAUAAAUGAUCUCCCCAAGUGUUUAAGGUAUUGCAGUCAUCUUUUCUAUGCUGAUGAUGGCGCUAUUUACCUUACGUGUAAGCUCACUGAGCUAAAUAGCGGUAUCGAAAGGAUGAAUGAAGAUCUUGUGGCUGUGACUAUGUGGUGUCAGCGUAAUAAGCUGAAGAUUAAUGCUGGAAAGACUAAGGCUAUGAUCUUGGGCAGUGCAUUCAAUGUGAACUCAGUUGGGCUUGAUCAGAUCCCAAGACUUAUUUUAGACGAUGAAGUGAAUGAGUACGUGGUCAGCUUCAAGUACCUCGGAGUUAUGCUUGACCCAAGGUUGUCGUGGACAGGCCAGGUUGCGAAGACGUGCAGCUCGGCGUCGACAAUAUUGUAUCGCCUUCGUCAUUCCGUCAAUGACUUAAAUAUCCCUCUGAAGCGGCAACUUGUUACUAGUUUAGUUCUUCCUGUCUUCGACUACUCCACUUGGGGUGCACAUCAGCGGGCCCAGGCUUGGGGGGACCUGGGUUGGCUCGCGCCGCACAAUCGUCGGCUGUAUCUUUUGGGCUGCAUCUAUUACGGAAUGCUGGUCAUGAAUAAGAAUGCUCUCUUAUGUGAGCGUGUUAGGAUGAACCACAACAUAGCCAGGCAUAGAGACAAUAAUCGUACUGAUACGCUCAUUGCACCAGUUCCGCGCACAUCCACCUUCCAGCACUCUUUUCUUGUUUUGGGCACUUCCUUCUGGAAUUCUUUGCCGCCGGCUAUCACGACCGCUUCAUCUCCAGAAGUGUUCAAGACGAGUUGCUACAAUUAUUUGCUGACUAUUGAGCGUGCCGAAGUAGUGAGUGCGUUGUCUUAG